AUGACUUUUACUAUUCCGAUCGAUAACGGAGAUGCUCUGAAGAACGCAGAAGCCGAUUCUCAAAGAACACUGUACCCGUAUGUUACUGGAACUUCAAUCGUUGCAAUCAAGUACAAAGAUGGAGUUUUAAUGGCUUCUGAUAUGGGAGGUUCAUAUGGUUCCACCUUGAGAUACAAGAACAUUGAGAGAAUGCAGGCUAUUGGCAAGCAUUCUCUUCUUGGUGCAAGUGGAGAAAUCAGCGACUUUCAGGAGAUUCUCCGUUAUCUUGAUGAGCUCGUCCUGAAUGAUAACAUGUGGGAUGAUGGUAACUCCUUGGGACCGAAAGAGGUUCACAACUAUCUGACCCGUGUGAUGUAUAACCGUCGCAACAAGUUUAACCCUCUGUGGAACACUCUCGUCCUUGGAGGCGUCAAAAACGGUGAAAGCUACCUUGGCAUGGUGUCAAUGAUUGGUGUGAGCUUUGAAGACAACCAUGUCGCCACCGGGUUUGGAAACCACCUCGCUAGGCCCAUCCUUCGUGAUGAGUGGCGUGCGGACUUGAGUUUCGAAGAAGGUGUCAAGCUCCUUGAGAAAUGUAUGCGUGUGCUUCUUUACCGCGACAGAUCUGCCAUUAACAAGCUUCAGAUAGCGAAGAUCACGGAAGAAGGCGUGACCGUUUCUCAGCCAUACUCGUUGAAGACGUUCUGGGAGUUUUCGGCGUUCCACAACCCAACUGCUGGUGCUCAAGGCUCAUGGUAA